AUGCAAACAUUUGCGAUUAAAAAAAUUAAAUUCCCUAAUUAUGUGAUCUUGUGUCACACAAGCGUUGAGUGAUUGACGUGGAGCUUGUAUUUAAUAUUUAUAUAAAAAUGCAAUUUUAACGUUGUGUACCUUACCUACUAGUUGUAAAUUUUUGUGUAUAGAUAGUUCAUUUAAGGCAAAAUGAUGGAGGAAGAUUUAAUAUCAUCCAAUAAUCGAAAAGGCGUUAUAUCGCAAGCAUGGACACGACUGUCACAGAUAUACCAAGGUACUUUGGAUAGUUGGACGCCGUAUACUAAGUGGCGUUGGUUGGGAACGAUAGUCGUCCUUAUAGUGUUUGGUAUAAGAAUAUUUACUAAACAGGGGUGGUACAUCGUCACAUACGCUUUGGGCAUUUAUCAUUUAAAUUUAUUUAUAGCGUUUUUAACACCAAAAAUUGACCCAGCGAUGGAUUUUGAUGAUGAUGUUGGUCCCGAAUUACCUACAAGAGCGAAUGAAGAAUUUCGGCCGUUCAUUAGGAGGUUACCAGAAUUUAAAUUUUGGUACUCUGUUAGUAAAAGUACUUUAAUCGCUCUAGUGUGCACAUUCUUCGAGUGCUUCAAUAUUCCAGUAUUUUGGCCUAUUUUAGUUAUGUACUUUAUUACCCUAUUUUGUAUAACAAUGAAGAGACAAAUCAAGCAUAUGAUCAAAUACAGAUAUAUUCCGUUCACGCAUAGCAAGCCAAAAUACCAAGGACACGAAGAUACAGGGAAAGUGGUUGGUGCACCCAAAUGACCUUUUUUAUAAGCAAUAGACAAAUGAUUUACUUCAAUACAUUAAAGGAAGAUGUACCUUACAAUUGAUGUACACCAAGACCUUCUCAUAAAACCUGUUGUUUUUUUUACACUGCAAAUUGGCCAUAUACAUAUAAACUAAAAAGUUCUUUUAGCAGGAAUAGUGUAAUUAAGCACUAAAUAAUUAUAUUCUUUAUAUCAAAUGUGAAUAAAUGUUUUCCAUAUUAGUUAA